GCGAAACAUUAGGAAAAAACAACAACAAAUGGAUCCGACUGUGCUGUGCUUCUGCAGGAAAAUCUAAUCCUUAAUUGAUCCUUGGUUCUAGUCGUGUGCAGCGAUUGGUUUAUGUUUUGGUUGCGUUCGUGAAUUGUGUUAUCCGCCAGUGGCUACGUUCGGGUCAGCAUGAAAAUCCACUUCCGCGAACAAUAUUGCUCCAAUGGAGAGGAAAUUCUCUACGUCACACCAGAUCACCAAGACACGGUUGUGCGGGUAACUGUGAAAGGAGAACGACCAUCGAUACGGAAGCGAUUUAGCAUAAAACGCUUUUUCCAGCACCUAUUCCUGCCCGUUGGAUAUCCGGACAGUGUGAGCAGUGACUAUUUGUUGUACCAAAAGUGGGACACGUUGCAGGCGUUUUGCAGCACAAUAAGCGGCACCUUAACGACACAUGCAAUUCUCAAAGGAGUUGGUGUCGGUAGCGAUGCGGUCAACCCACUUUCGGCAACCGUUACAUGGGUGCUCAAGGAUGGCACGGGACAUUUGGGAAGAAUACUGUUCGCGUGGUGGAAAGGUUCGGAAUUGGAUAUCGAUUCCAAAAAGUGGCGCAUCCGCGCGGAUAUACUGAACGACGUAGCCAUGGGUAUUGAUCUGUUUGUGCUGCCGUACUAUCCGAAGGCGGCUACAUACAUUCUUUGCGCAACAACGACGAUGAAAGCAAUUGUCGGUGUGGCGGGCGGAGCGACAAGGUCCGCACUGACACAGCACCAUGCAAUUCGUGGGAAUUUGGCGGACGUGGCGUCGAAAGAUAGCGCCCAGGAAACUUGUGUCAAUUUAAUCGCCUCCUUUGUGGGACUUUUCCUUCUCUCGUACCUGCAAAAUCAAAAGAUUUUAUAUGGUUUAUUUGCCUUCGUGACGCUCGUGCACAUUUACGCCAAUAUCAAGGCAGUCAAAGCGGUAUGCCUACGGACGUUCAAUGAAGCACGCUACCUAAUCGCCCUGGAAGAAUACUUUAAGACAGGCAUGAUGCUCUCUCCACAGCAAGUCAAUAAGCUUGAAAGAGUAACCGUUGGUCAAACGGUUUCCCUUACAGCGCGAGUCAAGAUCGGCUGCUCCGUGCGAGAGCUUACCGAGUUUUAUCGCAACUGUUACGAUUUGGAAAAUCUGAUCGCAUGCUUUGACUCGAGAGACAAGUUUCUGCUAGCCGAAACACGCCACUAUGUCGGUGUGUAUCUACACUUUACGGUAAAGCCUCUCGACAUCAUAAAAUCCUACUUUUACGUUGCUUCCUACCUGCAAGACAAGAGUCAGUUGCGCGAUCGCUACUGGGAAAUACAGAACAAGUGGAACGAAUUUCUCAACCUGGCCCAGUGCGAAGGAUGGAACAUGCAGGCACAUUUGCUCAAAACCGACGAGUAUCGGCUCGACUGGAGGAUAUAGACCGCCGAACAGUAUCGUAGCUACCCGCCCGGUUAUCUGUAUCCAGCAUCGUACCGAGUAGAUUACCGUUUUUCGUAGGCGGGCCUUUUGCGUUCCGUUUACCUUGCCUGCCGUCACUGCUGAUAUGGCGCUCAUGAAACGUAUGUCCUCCAUUACCACCAAAUCCUCCCAGAAAGGACCAUUAGCCGAGUGCCAAAGAGACGAAAACGGCACAACACAACGACACCGACGAGCAACCAACGUAAACAACGAAUAGUUUUGUUCUAGUCAGUACGAAGAGAGUGGUGAGAGUACAUGUCUCAACGACACAUGCACGCACUUUUUAGGACCAAAAUAUGCAUAAGCACAUCGGCAAUCGUAACUUUGCAUGCUACACCGUAAAACACAACUGUUUCCGAGCAUUCCGGAGCAAGGAAACAAUUUUAUGCGCAAGGGUGGAAGUCAAAAAUUCGUAGAAGAGAGAGGAAAAACACGCAUAUGAUAGAAUUGUUUGUCGUCGGCGAGGAGCUCAGUUGUAGUAGGAGAUUCCAACAGCAGGAAUCAUAGCAAAACAUAGUAUAGCUGAGAAUCGUUUAAAACCUCCAUUCCAUGCAACGAGUAACCCACGUGUAGGGAAUUUUAAUCAUAUCAACUGAUGAAGGAGUCUUUUUUUCGUCAGAUUUAAAAUUUCAUAAUUCUCUCAUUUGAUUACACGCCGUGGUAGGAACGAUUUUCGUACUCAAAAGCACGCUUUGUCCACAAAAAAGUACGCGCAAUAUGCAAACAUUAAGUAAGUUAGGUACCACCGAAAAAUCGCUUCACAGUUUAUCUGGUUUUAAAGAAGUGCUUAAGGUACGGCAAGACCAUUAUGCAUUCCUAAAUGAUACUAUGUUCCAACAAAAAAAAAGACGGUUACAUUACUUCACGCUCGAAAGUACGAUAAGGAAAAAAGGCACGGUUUUAUGCAUUAGGCUUUUUUGUGGCACAGUUUUUAAAAGUUUUAACAAGUACGAAACAAGCAGCGGAGAAUCGAGUCCCCAGAACACAAACCGUCUACACCACACUGCAUAUAUGCUUCACUGCUGUGAUAAAAGUUAGCUCAAUUGAUAACUUAUUCCAAUUUUGCGUUAACCUUUUCUUAUAGCAGCUUUACAUUACCAACCGCUUACCGCUGCUUGGUACGCAACGUACGGGAGAAUUCCCUUUUUUCGUUCGCCUGUGUGCACUAUUGGUUCGCAAACUUUGAACCGUGUAGAAACAGAUAGAGUCAGCUUACGUUGCAGUUUGAACGUAGAAUUUUUAAUAAAUCCGGUGCAUGCGUAGAUUAGCUAAUCGCACGAAACGCCGCCAGAAGUUUUAGGUCAUGAUUAUAAUAAAAAUCUUUUCCAACUUUGAA